AUGACUGCUCCGAACAGCCGGCCAGCUCUUCCCGGGCGACCAGGAUCCAGGGGCGAAGUGUCGCUGGAGCCAGAGCUUCAGCACUCCCUCGUCGCAGCCCUACUGCAGGACCGCCCGAGCGAGACCAAAGAGGCUCAGUCUCCUCGAAGGGCAGGCUCGAGGCCUCCGCUGCCGCGACUGCAGGCGGCCGGCGCGGCGGCAGUUGGUCGAGCAGAGGUCGCGCCCCGGCGGAAACCUUCCUCCGACGACAGUUUGGUUGCAAGCCUGGCCUCGCGAUUGGCGCAAGUGGAGCAGCAGAACAAGUGCCUCAAGGAGGAGCUCAAGGAACGCACGCAGGAAGUGGAGGAGCUGCGCUCGAAGCUUGUGCGCAGCAGCGGCGAUUCAGGGGCCGACGGUUCUGGCACCUCGGUUGGCCACUCCGCUGAAGCUGAGUGCAAGCACCUGCGCAGACAGGUCGAAGUCAUGAAAGGGCUCUUGGCGGACUACGGCUUGAUGUGGAAGCCAGACGCUCCGUCCACAGACAAUGCAGAGGUCUCUCCUGGAGGAGUCACAGUGGAUUUCCAGGUCAUAGAAUCUCGAAUCGAGAAGCUCAACGCCACCUUAAACGACACUCAGAAGGUGGUGGAGUUGGGAAGUGCUGGUUACCGCGCAUGUCUCCGCGACAACGAUCAAUGUCUUCCGCUCACGUUUUUCAAUGAUGGCUUAAAGUUGGCUCAUCAUGCUUUCGUUCCUUUCGAGAUGAGUUCCGCCCAAGAGAUUAUUCGAAACAUCCUUGAUGGCUGCUUGCCACGUGUCUUGCGAGAGGACUACCCGGAAGGUGUGGCAAUGCGAGCUGUGAAUCGCACCAAGCACAGCUUCCGGACGUGGCUGAAGGAGGCCGCUGGGGAUGCGGAGCUUUGCGACGGCGGCGAGCGCUUGCGACCUCUGGGAGCUCGGAUGUUGCACGAGGAGAGCCACAGUGCACCCGAGCGGUUCGUGGCAAAGCUUCCGGAGCGUGUCUUGCGGAACGGCCAUGUCUGUGAGGUGCGUUCAGCAAUUGCUCGGAGGCUCGGGGUUGGGAGCUCUGUUCGAAGCUCCUCAGCGCCGACCAGUCCGGAGGUAUCCCUGCUGCAGGCAGAUCGCCCUUCGAGCGCGCCAGCUGCACGUUUGCAGGUGAAGUUGGAAGGCGGUCAGAAAGUUCUUCUGAAGAUGGAGUUUGGUGACACGGUGGGAGACUUGUGGCAAGCCCUUGCUGACUGGCGCUCCAAGAACCGGGUGGCUCGCGCGCGGCCGGGAUGUGUUCUCAGGACAGCUUUUCCACCGAAGGCGUACACUGACAGAAGUGAAACCUUGGAAGCGGCGGGACUGACGCCAAGCGCCACGCUCUUUGUGAGUUGUGAGGCGUCCUCCUGA